AACAGCGCAAUAGCUCUCGGAAGUUCGGCAUUGUUGGUUGCAGUAAAACUUUCAAAUUUUCCGUAAUUCGUUGAUUGUGAAGUCAGAGGAUGUCUCUUCCGCGCAAUAUUGGAACGCUGUUGAAGGUUUCGCGGACACGCAGCGUGCCGUGCGCCCUGUACCAUCAGAAUGUUUUGGAGCACUACGAAAACCCCCGGAACGUCGGCUCGAUGGACAAGAAAGACAAGAACGUGGGAACCGGUCUCGUCGGAGCUCCGGCCUGCGGCGAUGUCAUGAAGCUGCAAAUCAAGGUAGACGACAACGGUAAAAUCAUCGACGCCAAGUUCAAAACUUUCGGAUGCGGAUCGGCCAUUGCCUCGAGCUCGCUGGCCACCGAAUGGGUCAAAGGAAAGACGCUGGACCAGGCGAAGCAGCUGAAAAACACGGACAUUGCGAAGGAACUAUCCUUGCCGCCGGUCAAGCUGCAUUGCUCCAUGCUGGCGGAGGACGCCAUCAAGGCGGCGCUGGACGAUUACAAGAAGAAACAGAAAGUCGAAUAGAGGCGAUGCUGGAGGUUGAACUCAAAUGAUUGGCGCAGGUGGAAUGUAAGAUAAGGAUUGCUAUUUCAUAGUUUGUACGUUCGGACUUGUUUGUGGAUGCAUAAGUAGUAGUAAAUAAAGCUCGUGUACUGUGUUGAUAAC